AUGAAAAACUGUCCUCUCCAAUUUUUAAAGCAAAUUGAGUCAGGCGAAAAGAAAGCCCUCCCCUUAAAAGACACCAGAGAAUUUUGCCUUCCUCAAGUUUCUUACGUUCCCUCAAAAACAGCUGAUUUAUACAAUCACUGUCUUACCAGUAGUAAGCUAAAACCUUAUGUUCCAGAUGCCAAGCCUCCAGAUAGAGGAUUUCUUAUUAAAUUGAUUGCGACCCUUGAGCUAGAAACACUAAUUGAGCUAAACAAAAUGAUCAUUCAAAAGAAAAUCAAAAACUUGAACAGCGAAGAUAUGUCAAGAAUCAAAGUGAAACCUGAAGAAUCGAGGCCAAAAGACGACAAUGAUUAUAGCUUGAAAGUCGACAAAAAGGAAGAAAAAGAAGAAAAAGAUGAAAAAAGCGAAAAAGAUGAAAAAGAAGAAUCAGACAUGGACAUGGAUAUUGACGAAGAUGAGCUUGAAGAUAUUGUGAAUGAAAUGGACGAGCUUGGAGAAGAAGAAGAUAUUUUGACUGAAAUGGCAUUAAAUAUGUAA